GGGACAAUUGAAUGAAGCAAAGUGAGCAGCAGGUGCCAAACAGCUGAUUAGAUUUCAUUCAUCGAAAUUUCACAACACGUGAAAUAUUUUGGGUAUUUAAUUGGAAUUUUCCACGAUAACAGCGAUAUAAAAUGGAUGGAACUCCCAAGAAGCCAAUCUUUCGUGAUCUAACCGCUGAGGAUCCCGAACCAGAAGCAACAGAGAUUGAGAGUUUGUGCGUGAAUUGCAUGAAAAACGGCACAACGAGGUUGCUACUUACCAAGAUUCCAUUCUACCGGGAGGUUAUUCUCAUGUCUUUUGAGUGUGAAGAUUGUGGUUAUCGGAAUAAUGAAAUUCAGCCAGGAGGUGAAAUUUCUGACCGUGGAUGCAAAAUCAUCCUUGAGGUGAAGACGCCGCAGGAUUUAAACCGGAAAGUCGUCAAAUCUGACCACAGUAGUAUAAAAAUUGUCGAGUUGGACUUUGAAAUACCCUCACAAUCGCAAAAAGGAGAAAUUACAACAAUUGAGGGAAUCCUCGAUAGAAGUAUCAAGGGAUUGGAGCAGGAACAGACAGAACGGCGGAAAGAUAAUCCAGAUAUUGCGAAGCAAAUUGAUGAUUUCUGCGAUUCCCUAAGGCAAUUGAAGGAUGGUGAGAAGCCUUUUACUUUUAUUCUUGAGGAUAUUUCUGGGAAUUGUCACGUGGAGAAUCCAAAUGCCCCAGCGGCAGAUCCUCAGAUGACCGUGAGUCGCUUCUUGCGCAAUGAGGAGCAAAAUCAUCAGCUUGGCAUCUACACGAAGGCCGAAGUGGGUAAAGAAAAACCGAAAGAAUCCGACUAUGGAGGAAACUUCCUGCUUAAAAUGCUUGAGGAGGAUGAGUGGCCCAUUGAGGACCUCUUCGGAGAGGUUAUGCAGUUCCCAACACUCUGCCCCGAAUGUGGAUCUCCGUGUGAGACCAACAUGAAGAUGACAAACAUCCCACACUUCAAGGAAGUCGUCAUCAUGGCCACUGUUUGCGAUGUCUGUGGAAGCAAGACCAACGAAGUCAAGUCCGGAAGUGGAAUUGAGGAGUUUGGUGUCCGGAUAGAGGUGAAAAUUGAAGGAAAGGCAGACAUGUCGCGUGAUGUCCUCAAGAGCGACACCUGUGGGCUUAUCAUUCCGGAGAUUGAUUGUGAAGUGGGACCCAAUGCUCUUGGAGGGCGCUUCACCACUGUCGAAGGUAUUCUCGUAGCCAUGAAGAAGCAGCUUAGCGAUGGCGGGGAUAUUUUUGUGGAUUCCACUGAUGAGAGCACAAAAAUGAAAUUUGACGGGUUUAUCGGUACUCUGGAGGACAUUAUCUCCGGCAAGAAACAAGUUACCUUGAUUUUGGAUGAUCCAACUGGGAAUAGUUACGUCCAAUCUCUUGCUGAGGGUGAUAAAGUUGAUGAAGCAUUGAAGAUCACCAAAUACACCCGGAGUUUCGAUCAGAAUGAAGAACUUGGGCUCAAUGACAUGAAAACCGAGAACUACGGAGAGGAAUGCCAAGAGCAAGAAGAAGCCGAAAGCGCCAAGAGCUAAUCCAAGAAGAUUCUUUUUUUUUAGCUUUUAAUGCAUUUUAUGGGAUUUUAUGAGAGAAAUUAAAUUGUGCUUAUAAGAUUUUC